AUGGAUACGGAUCCACAAGGCAUGCUUUUACAUGAACAAGAAAGAGCUAAUUUCGAGAAAAAAUAUUUUGAAAUUACAGCAGAGCUGGUAACGUUGAUCGAACAAAAGGAAUCAGUCAUGCCAUCGAUACAGUCGAAUUUUCGACACGUGAGAGAAGGAACGCCAGUUACGCAGGGAAGUAUCGUUGCCAAUGAAUAUUUAAAAUUACCUAGAGUUGAUUUACCUACGUUUUCAGGUAAUCUAGAGGAAUGGAUGCUAUUUCGUAACAUGUUUAAAUCCAUGAUUGAUCAAAACGCUGCACUUCCAAAGGUGCAAAAAAUGCAGUAUCUUAUUUCAGCAUUGAAAGACGAAGCACGUGAAGUUAUUAGUUCUUUAGAGGCUUCUGAAGAAAAUUACAUCGAAGCAUGGGAAAUGUUGCGAAUGAGAUAUGAUGAUCCAGCGUUGAUCAUUCAGAAGCAUAUUCGAGCAUUAUUUGAGUUGCCUGCAAUGGUAAAAGAGAGUCAUUCGGCGUUACGUCAAUUAUUGGAUAGCUCAUUAAAGCAUUUGAGAGCAUUAAAAGCUUUAAAAAGACCGACUGAAGCGUGGGACGAUUUAGUAGUGUACCUGUUGACGAGCAGGUUAGACCAAAAAACAAAUCGAGCCUGGAAAACUACCAUAAAACCAGGUGAGCUGCCCACCUUCGAUCAGCUGAUAAAUUUUCUCAGUCAAUAUUGUAGAGCUUUGGAAGCUUCAGCGCGCACGCAGCGUACAGGAUCAGCGAACACGAGUCAAAUAAAAGGAACGGCAUCGCAUGUAGCGGCUUCGAAAAUCGUAUGCGCCUAUUGCGGUAAAGCUGAUCAUGCCGUGUAUAAUUGCAGUGGAUUUUUGAAAUUAGAAGUAGACAAGAGGAUAGAAGAGGUGAGAUCACGCAAAUUAUGCCUAAAUUGUUUGAAAGGCGGAUCUCAUCGAGCUAAGCAGUGUGGCUCGAGGCCAUGCAAAAUAUGCAGCAAGCGUCACAAUACGUUACUACAUUUAGAACAAAAAACAAGUAAGACACCGGAAACAAAGACAGAAAACAGCGACAAUUCAAAAAAAGAAAGUUUAGUAGCAAUCAGCUCAAAUCACGUAACUUUUCCUAAAGAUAAAUGUAUAUUGUUGGCGACAGCGACAGUAGACGUGAUAGAUGCUAACGGAAAUAAGAAAGCUUGCAGAGCUUUAUUAGAUAGUGGAUCCCAAUCGUGUUUUAUUACUAAUAGUUUCGCGAAAGCCUUAAAAUUAAAGCAAUUUUCAACAAAUAUACCGAUUUGCGGCUUAGGCGAGAUGUACACACGAACUCACAAAUACGUCAAAAUAAGGAUGCAAUCGAAAACGAGUGGAUAUGAAGCAAAGUUAAAUUGCUUCGUGAUGGAGAGCAUCACACAACCAAAUUCAGUCAAGAACAUCAAUCCGAGUAAAAUCAAGAUUCCCAAGGGUAUCAAACUAGCAGAUCCGGAAUUUUACAAGGCAUCCAAGGUAGAUUUUCUUAUCGGAGCCGAAAUCUUCUUUGAUAUAAUGUGCAUAGGAAGAAUAAAGAAAACAGAGGAUCAGCCAUUAUGGCAAAAAACAUUAUUAGGUUGGAUCGUGGCUGGAAAUCUCAUUACGUCGAGCGAAAGACAAGAAAAAACAAUAUGCAAUUUAAGUAUCAAUGAGCAAAUCAACGCACAGCUCGCAAGGUUCUGGCAGAUUGAGCAUAAUGAGCGUCAAAAUACUCGAUCUCCAGAAGAGCGCAAAGCAGAGGAGCAUUUCAUGCAAACUUAUCAGCGAAAUGAAGAAGGUCGAUUUAUUGUGUCCUUACCUACUAAAGAAGAUUUACUUAAAGAUUUAGGAAAGUCAAAGGACACAGCAAUUCAACGAUUCAAAGGUUUAGAAAAGAGAUUAGCGAAAAACGAGCAAUUAAGAAAGGAGUACACAGCAUUUAUACAUGAAUAUCUGGAGUUACAGCACAUGAGAGUGGUUCAAGAGGAUGGUCAUAAGGAAGAUUCUCAGCAGUGUUACUAUUUACCACAUCAUGGAGUGGUAAGGGAAGGAAGCAGCAUCACCAGAUUAAGAGUAGUCUUUGACGCAUCGAGCAAAACAUCUACCGGAGUAUCGUUAAAUGACGCUCUUAUGAUUGGCCCAGUCAUACAGCAGGAUCUAUUCUCAAUAUUGCUUCGAUUCAGAAGUCAUGCUUAUGCGGUAACUGCUGACAUCGCCAAAAUGUAUAGGCAAGUACUAAUAACAGAAAAUCAAGUGGCACUGCAGCGGAUCGUUUGGAGAGACACUCCGAACGAAGAUAUUAAAACUUAUGAAUUAAUGACUUUAACAUACGGCACGGCGCCGGCGUCCUUCUUGGCAACCAAGGUAAUCCAAAGACUCGCGGAGUUGGAAGAAAAUCAGUUUCCCCGUGGCGCAUUAAUCGCUGCACGAGACCUAUAUAUGGAUGAUUUGAUAACGGGAGCAGACUCUAAAGAAGAAGCAUCAAAAAUCAGCAUACAGACAGCAGCACUGUUACGAAGAGGAGGAUUUGUACUGCGCAAGUGGGCAUCAAAUGACAAAGAGAUAUUGAAAGGCGUUCCGGAAGCAUCAGCUGACAAUCUACUAUUAGAAUUGAAUAAAGAAAGCACGACCAAAACAUUAGGCAUUAAAUGGAAUACUACAGAUGACGUGUUCCAAUAUUCAAUCGCUGUGGAUUUGGAGAUGUUGUGUACUAAAAGAGCCAUGAUCUCGAGCACCGCAAAAAUAUUCGAUCCGCUCGGAUUGGUGGCGCCAAUUAUUAUAAUAGCUAAAAUCUUAAUUCAGAAAUUGUUGAUGUGGAUCAGAGGUGUAAAGAACAUCAAUAUGCUUAUUAAAAGAAGUUCUUCCUUUAUUAUGUGCAGCAAGAGUCACAACAAAAAUUACAGUAAGGAUUCUACCAUGUUGUAG